AUGGCACCCAUGAAAAAGCUCGUGGUGAUGGGGGGCAAAAAAAAGAAGCAAGUUCUGAAGUUUACCCUUGAUUGCACCCACCCUAUAGAAGAUGGAAUCAUGGAUGCGGCCAAUUUUGCGCAGUUUCUUCAGGAGAGAAUCAAAGUGAAUGGAAAAACUGGAAAUCUCGGUGGAGGGGUUGUAACCAUUGAAAGGAGCAAAAGCAAGAUCACUGUAACUUCCGAGGCGCCUUUUUCCAAAAGGUAUUUGAAAUAUCUGACCAAAAAAUACUUGAAGAAGAAUAACCUCUGUGACUGGCUGUGCGUGGUGGCCAACAGCAAGGAGAGCUACGAGCUGCGCUACUUCCAGAUCAACCAGGAUGAGGAGGAGGAGGAGGACAAGGAUUAGAAGUCCUGUGUUGGGAUAUUUUGUAUAAUCUUUAAAUAAAAUCUAGGAAUCACCAAAAAAAAAAAAAAAAAAGACCAAGUGAAAUCCUGCAAUAGCUCUCGGGAAAGCAGCUCAGUAAGCAGUAGGAACAAGCAGCCUUUGUAUAUGGUGAGAAGAACUUCACUUUGAAAGGAAUGCAGAUUGUGUGCUUUAUUUAGCUGCUGUAUCACUUACUGAACUUCUCUGAAGCUGCUUCCUCCGUGUAGAUUAUAUCUACCUUACAUUUUGGGAGAAUUAAAUAAAACAGUUUGUAAGCCCUUUCACACAAUCUUAGAUACAUAGAUAAACAAAUACUCCCCUUUCCCGUUCUUCUCUUAAAAAAUCCUUUCAUG